CUGCCUCUCGUGCGUAAGGCGGCCACUCAGGUGGCUUCGGACGAGUUCUCCGCGAACCGUGCUGCAAUCCUUAACAUCUCAUCAGGAGCUGGUUCCAUUAGCACAAACACGACAGGAUCAAUGGAAUUUGGUGCAUUGGCCUACCGUAUGAGCAAGUCUGCACUCAAUUCCCUCAUGAAAACUAUGUCUAUUGAUCUCGAACCUGAGCACAUUCUCAUUGUCAGCUUCUGUCCUGGAUGGGUGCAGACAGAUAUGGGAGGACAAGGCGCAUCGAUUACGAAUAUGUCUCCUUAUUCUGUAAUGGUGACUGGUGCCAACCGUGGCAUUGGCCUUGGUCUGGUGAAAGAGCUGCUCAAGAACAAGGAAAUUCGUCAUGUAAUUGCGACUGCCCGCGACCCAAGCAAUGCAAAGGUAGAAAGGAUCGUCGGCGAUAAAGGUCUCACAAUACUCGUGAAUAACGCUGGCAUGUGGGUGAAGUAUUUCACAAAUCAAGAGCCCAAUCGAGCGGAUCUCAUCAAGAAUUUCGACACAAAUGCAGCCAGCGUGGCUGUCCUGACACAGACCUUUCUGCCUCUCGUGCGGAAGGCGGCCGCUCAGGUGUCCUCGGAUGAGUUCUCCGCGAACCGUGCUGCAAUCCUUAACAUCUCAUCAGGAGUUGGUUCCAUUAGCACAAACACGUCAGGGUCAGGAAAGUUUGGCGCAUUGGCCUACCGUAUGAGUAAGUCUGCCCUCAAUUCCCUCAUGAAGACUAUGUCUAUUGAUCUCGAACCUGAGCACAUUCUCAUUGUCAGCUUCUGUCCUGGAUGGGUGCAGACAGAUAUGGGAGGACAAGGCGCAUCGAUUACGGUCGAAGAGUCAGCAGCUGCUCUAGUUUCCUCAUUUGCCAAAUUGAACAAGGAACAUCAUGGCGGCUACUUCAGAAGAUCUCUCGAACCUAUUCCAUACUAG